CUCAUUCACCUCUCUCUCUCUCUAUACAUACGCACAUAUACCCUCUCUCUCUCUAUAGUCUAUAUAUACACACAUAAAUAUCAGCGUAUAGAUAUAUGGAGGAAUAUGAACGGCAGAAGCAGCAGGAAAUGCAGGAAAAAGACGCUAUAUUGUUGUGCCCUAGCUUCAAUAGCUACUCUUCACAUAGAUUUGCAGAAAUCGCAGCCAGAGUCGGUGAAGAAUUCAGCGCCGACGAGGCACCUUCUGUGGGGACCUCAAAUGAUCUCGAUGACAACGACGACGACGAUUUCGAAUUUUCUUUGGUAAGGAACGAACAGGACGGCACUGGAGAUGAAAUCUUUUUCGACGGUCAUGUCCAUCCGAUUUUCCCGAUCUUCAACCGCACUCUUGUAGAAUCUGAAGAUGAAUCGAAGCCAGAUGAUGCUUCGGCUCUUCGAAUUCCGUUGAAGAAGUUGUUCAUGGAAGAUCGUGAAAUUCCGUCGUCAUCGGAAUCGGAAGCAGACGAAUUGGAAACUAUACCUCCGGGAACGUACUGCGUUUGGAGGCCAAAAGUAGUCGAAUUGUCGCCGGACAGAUGCAAGAAAAGCAGUUCGACUGGAUCGGCAUCGAAACGGUGGAGGUUUCUAAGUUUACUCCGGCGAAGCAACAGCGAAGGCAUUCAAGGCAAAGAUGCCUUCGUGUUCUUGACUCCGAAAAACAGAGCACAAAAGGUUGAUAGAAAUGAGAAAACAGAGAACACGAAGGAAGGUUUGAGCUCCGGCACCGCCGUGAGGAACGCCGGAAAAUUGAAGUCGUCGCCGCCACCGCCGUCGGCUCACGAGACGUUUUAUGUGCGGACCAGAGCGAUGAAGGAAGGUGAUAAGAGAAAGUCGUAUCUGCCCUACAGGCAAGACCUUGUAGGGUUCUUUGCUAACGUGAACGGCCUGAGCCGGACCUUCCCUACCUUUUAGUGGUCAAUAGAUACAGAUAUAGUCUAUAGAUACAGAUAUACAGUAUAUAUGCAAUUAAUUUCAACAACCGUGAUAUAUAUUUUGUUUUUUAAUUUGUUUAAUUGUAAACACAUUUUUGUGUGGUUUGUUUGUAUUUAUUUAUAUGACAGUGGGUGGUGUUGAUGGGUACUUUAA